UGAACUGCCCCUGGAGCGCGAGAGGAGCGUCGCGAGGGAGCGCCCACAGCAGCAGCCAUGAAGCCCGUCUACGGCCGCCCCGACCCCGCCGACACCAACAAGCGGGCCACGUGCUACGUGUGCGGGUCUCCGCGCUGCGCGGAAUAUCCGCUGGCCAUCCGACAGCAGGCGGCGGGGCCCUACUUCCCGUUCCUGGAGACGCACGAGCCCCCCGACGGGUCGGAGCCGCCCUCGGCCGACGGGCGCGUGCUGGCGUGUUUCCUGUGCUACUCGUACCUGACGCAGCAGUGGGACCUGUACGAGCGCGACAAAGUGCCGCCCGUCAAGCGGAUCUACUGGCUCAAACGCGUCGACAACGGCCCGUACACGGGCGUCGAGGUGGGCGUGCAGAGUGAGUACGCCUCGCAGCUGCUGGGCCUGGCGCCCGACCCACCCGCCGCGGAAUCCAAGCGGGCGGGCGCUAGUGGGGCUGCGCGCGGUCAGCCGCCGCCCGCGGUACCAGCGGCGGCGCCCACCGCGCCCGUGGAACCCAAACGGGCCCGAAUCGUGCCACCGCAGCCGCAGCCGCCCACAAUGCCGCUGCCGCCGCCCGGGGUGCCACCGCUGCCUUUAGGGAUUGCGGUACCACAGUUGUGCCCCCAGCAGGAGGCGCUGGACCUGUCGCUGGACGGGCGGCGCGGCACGAAGCGCGGGCGCGAGGAGGAGGCGGGCGCCGCCACGCCGCCGCGCGCGGAGGUGCUGGACCUGCGGAUGCCCGACAAGAACGCGCCGACGGAGGUGUGCUACGUGUGCGGCGCGCAGCACAAGAAGGGCACGCUGGUGGGCAUCUUCGCCAAGCAGAGCGGCGCGUGCCCGUUUUUUCCCAGCCUGAUGCUGCACCCGCGCCCCAGUAAGUCGCACCCUAUGGAGGCGUCGGGCCGCGUGCAGGCGUGCCGCGACUGCUUCAGCCACCUGCAGCUGCAGUGGGACGCCUACGAGGCGCAGAAGGUCCCACACGACGAGCGCAACUACUCGCUGCGGCGGCGCGCGCCCCCGCAGGAGGCUGCCGGCUUCGUGUGCUACAAGUGCGGCCGCGAGUGCCCGUCCAGCUCGCUGUGCCUCAUGUACUGCAGGCCCAACGCGGACAAGGAGCCCUUCUACCCUUUCAUCCAGCGGCUGGAGGCGCCCGAGGGCGCGUCGCCCAUCUCGCCGCAGGGCAUGGUGCAGGUGUGCUCGUACUGCUGCAAGACCAUCCCGCAGGAGCAGAAGAUGCUGCAGGAGAAGGAGGAGAGCGCGCGAGUGCGGCCGGCGGAGAUGAAGGGCGUCGCGGAGGGCGUGAGUGGGCCGCAUGGUAGCGUCGCCCCUCCCCCCGCCGCCACGCCGCCGUCGCAGGCAGCGGCGGCGCGCGGCGCGAGCGACGGCGAGCUGCCCGAGGAGGCGGUGUGCUACCUGUGCCACCAGCCGCACAAGGCGCAGGUCAUGCACUGGCUGUCCAUGGUGCUCGACCCCAAGAACCCCGAGGCCAUGUACUUCCUGUUCCUCAAGUACCAGCCGCGGGCGUCGCAGGGCACGGUGAUCGAGGACGGGCGCGUGCUGGUGUGCACGCUGUGCCACCAGCACCUGAGUGCGCAGUGGGCCGAGUACCAGCGCGAGAACGUGCCCCUCGAGCAUCGCCAGUUCUCCCUGCGGCACAUGCCCAUGACCUCGCAGUCGCCGCGCCUCACGCCUCAUUCGUCGCCGGGCAUCUCCACGCCCACGGACGCGUCGCCGUCGCACCCGUUCGCGCCCGCCAUCCCCGCCGCCGCCGCGGAACCCCACUCGCGCGCCACCGAGAACUGCGGCGGCGCGGGCGGCAGCGGCUGGACGGGGCAGCCGCUGCACGCGCUCGAGGUGGUCCCGGCCGACCACGACCCCAACAUCCCGACGCUGCCCGUGAUCACGACGCAGCGCGCGCUCAACGUCGCCAUCAACUGCUUCAUCUGCAGCUUCCACUCCAAGCCGGGCCAGACGUACGCCGUGCGCUGCAAGCCGCGCAGCACCGAACCCUUCUUCCCGUUCCUGGCCAAGCACCAGUCGGCGCACCCGGAGGCGCGCGUCGACGAGGCCUAUGUGCUCGUGUGCCUGUGCUGCUUCCACUCGCUCAUCCUGCAGUGGCAGCGCUACGAGAAGGCACAGGUCGACCACUACGCGCGCCUCUACGACACCUACAACUACACCUGCUACAUCUGCAGCCUCAAGACGUACAGGAAGAGACUGUACCUUCUCCCCGUCAAGGUGAGGAACCGAUCGGGCGCGGCAUGGGUGGCCGCAUGGGGAGCCUCCAUCCUCAGCAACAUUAAUACACUAAACAUACUCAAGGAUAAGUAUAACUUAACUGUCACUCAAAGCAAACUUCCUGAAGUCCAUCACCAUCAAACUUACGAGCCUAAAAGUUGA